AAGUCCUUGGCCGAUGUUUCACGCGCGUGGCUUUUUCCCGUCAUUCUUCCGUUCAAGCGCAACACCUCAGUACCGAUAUAUAAGGCUGUAUCUGUUCUGGAAGCCAGCCCUGUCAAUUUUCAACGUACAGCUUUUACCUGCCUCCAGUGCUACACUGGUACACUCGGAGCUCAAUCAGCUACAUGCAGACCUGUCCCACCAACUCCUCCAUACGUCUAGUUGUUGCCGGGACGUGUGUUCACACACCUAAAUUCCCACAAUGAGGCCCAAUAUCUUGUGUCUGGUUGCAAUUCUGAGCACACAAGGAGCAGCCAAUGAAGACCCUUUAAAGGACGAUUUGCGCCCUUCAAUCUGGUGUUCGGCUGCGUUUCUUUACCCAAGCCAAGACCGCCUGGGUAACAACGCCCUGAAGAACGUCUUUCACGGAUUCUGUGGGUUGAAAGGUUACGAGGUGUCUACCGAUAUUGAUCUCAACCAAUGUUUGGAAAACGUGAAUGGGCAGGUGCAGUGGAAGGAGAAUGGAAACGGAAUCGGGAAUUGCGAGUGCAGAAGCAAGAGAAACACUCCUCUUGUUAUUGAGUGUCAAUGCCCCGAUGACGGGGGCAACAGGAAGAUAUCAAGCGUUAACCUCAAUGAGCAACUCAAGUACGAAAACGGCACCUUCAAAUGCUUUGGCGCAUCGGGAAAGACUGAGGAUGUGUCUUAUCGACUACCCGGCAGAUCAGGAGAGGGCGGGGGUGAGAAACUGGGUCUUGAGUCGAAUAUGAUACUUAAAAGAGGGCAAAGAGGGUGAAGUUGCUAGCCUGAGGAUGUGGCUAGAGGUACAUAUGGAGGCAGGAGUCAUUGUACUCGAGGGAGACAUGGUCUUGGAGUUCUUUGGAUAUGGGUUUUGCAGAUACAUCAUCGCGCCUUGGCAAAGACCAAAUGAUCGAAAGUAGGAGACAUGAUUAUACGUGGAAAACUUUAUUGAUCUCCUUAGUAUUUGCCAUUCUGCGCCACCUUCUCUCCCGUUGUAGUCAUCUUCUUUCGUUUAA